AUGGCUCGACUGGUAGCUUUCCUUGGCGUCCAGCUCAAUCUCGCCGCCUGUGCCUUUGCUUCACCUACUGUCAUCUGCUGGGGCCAUCACAUUUCACCACGCAUAACUCGUGCAGCGCCCACGCCGGCAAGGUCUUUCACCUCGCACAAACAUGGCACAGGAGCCAAGCGUGCUAAAAAGGCAGUUGAGCUUCGUAACCGUAUCUACGACUUUGUGCAAUAUAUUAUCGAAGGAGAUCCUGUAGAAAGCCGAAAGACUCGCGAACUGUUCGACGGUCUAGAGGGUUUCGACGAAGUAACUUCGAAAUGCCGCCCUGUCUGGCUCACCAACUGUUCCGUCCGCAAUCAUGCCAACUUUCUGGGCGGCUUCAUCCACGCUUUAUACCCAGCCAAGAAUGAAUACCAGUAUGCGUCGAGACAACUGAUCGUCUCGUACAGCUCCAGCUUUUUCAGAUCUCGUGUCGGACCAAUCGAUCUGAGUUUGCUGGCCCUCCUGCGUGCUCAUUACCAGACCUACUCUUGCUCCUUCUUGCCCCAUCAAAUCAUCGAGAUUCACCGCAAGCAGUGUCCUGACAACUUCAAGGACUGCUACAUCUGGAUGUGCAAUCAUCAGCGUUUCUACAAGGAUGCUUGCGGUCAGCACGAGAAGAUUGACUACACCUCUGUUUACAAAUCUAUCAUUGCCAAUGGGAACGAAGCCUGGCUGGAAGAUGUCGAGGAAGAGACAUUCACCAUUCACGGUUCCUUCGAUGACAAAUUUGGCAAUAUCAAGGCCCGCUUUCGGUUCCGGCAGGAUUUUGCGAGAGGCACCGACACGGCUGAGAAAGCUCAGAGCUUGCUCAAACGCGGUGGAAGUGCUUCUCUUGAGCAUGGAGAGCACAAGGGUAUCACUUUCGAGUUCUGGGUUUCCAAGGAUGAGGGGGAUUAUAGCAUGAGUGUUUCAAAUUUUCGCAAGGUCGAGAUCCGGAGCGAGGCAGGUGACGAGGAUCCAGAGCUUAGAGCAGGCGUAAUCAAAUGGUGAUUCUGAUUACGGGAUGUGACGGCAAUCUCACUACAUGUGCUGCGGGCCUUCCUUUGCUUGGCAGUACGGAGCA